GACAGACACUAAACUAACCCAAUCGUGUAGCAUCACAAAGGAAAGGUCGCUGUCGACUCGGAGCACCCACCAUCUUCGUACUUUCCGUUACCAUCAUUGUACUUGUGAAAGUACCCGCCAGCCGACUUGGCCACGACGUUCAUGGCGUCCAUGCACCGACCGUUGACGCCGAUGGUGCUGUGCCAAAUGGCGUACCAAUCGUACCCGUCGCACUUGAUGCCGUUGGGCGCGCAGUACUCAAAGGUCCAGGCCGUCGGCGUCAGGAGCUUGCAACCCUUGAGGGCCGACAGCAGCGUGUCCUUGCCCCACUCCCAGCCGGCCCAGCCCUUGCCCAUCAUGCGGUACUCGUAAAAGACGUAGUUGUUGGUGUAGGCGCACAUGCCGUCGGCCCGCGUGUGCGUCGGCCGCUCCCACUUUGGGUACAGCUCGUACGUCGUCGAGCCGCGCUUGUACUUGCCGCCGUACUUCCAGUUCAUCGGAUUCUGCUUGUUGCUGUCGCCGCCAUUGUCGCAGCUGUGUAUGAUGCGCUUGAACGCCUCGAGGCACUCGUCCUUGCUCCACUCGGACGCCCGGUCGCUCAGCUUCACCUUGAAGCGGUGCUCCUCCACCGUCCCCACCAGGUAGCUCUCCUCCUUCUCCCAGUUGACGGUGUUGUCGGGCGCCUUCACAUUGUCGCAGAACUCGCGGUACGUCUUGUCCAGCCGCUCCCACCCGGCGUAGGGCCGCGGGAAGUCGAGCCCGUCCGACGACCAGCACUUGAAGUCGUCCUGGUCCUCGCCGCUGCACGACUCCUUGCCCAGGAUCUUGGCCCGAGUCCAGGCGAUCAUCUCGAGCGUGGCCGCCGCCAUGGUCUCGUGGCCGUUUUCGUUGGGGUGGAAGUUUGCCAGGAAGGAAUCCGGAAGCCCCAUGUUGAAGGGCAGCGCCAAUCCGCUCCCGUCCCCCGGGCAGUCGGCGGCGAGGGUGUCCCGUGCAAUAAUUGGUGGGUUCAGGGACAUAUCGAGCGACUCGACGGCGAAGCCGCGUUUGAACUCGUCGUGGACCGGCGUGUUCUCGUCAUCGUCCACCAAGUGGGUGUCGGGUUUGAAGAACUGCAUCAUGGGUUGCUUGGGGUUGGGGUACUUGCCCGUGUCGUCACUGGGCGAGCACAUUUGACCAUCCACGAUCCCUGGCCAUUCGCUCCAAUCCGAGAAGGAGAUGCGGUACUUCUUGUGUCCAUCGUACUCUUCGACGACCUCGCUUAUCGCCUUGUUGAUGUCCCCGACGAGUGCGUUGAACCUCUUGCGCCUCUCAAUGGUCAAGGGGAGUCCCUUGACGCCUAUGUAGCUCGUAAAGUUCCACUCUCGGAUGGCCCAGGUUUGCUUGUUGGCGCAGUCUUCGUUGUCUGUGUUGAAGAAGGGUGCGUACCCAUUGUAGAUGACGAUGCUGUCCUUUUUCAUCUUGUCCUCUAGGGCAUCCAACACCUUGCGGAUGUUUGGCUUCAAGAUGGAGUUGACGUUGCUCUGCGCCUUGCUCAGGACUGCGUCGCACUUUUCUUCACUGUACGGGAGAAAAACGCACUCCUUGAUCAUGCCAGCCUGGCAAGGGGCAUCAAUGCCAUGGUGUUAACAAAUGACCUAGAUCUUUUCCAGCAAUACAAAGGCUAAACUUACCAAGCACAGGUCGUUUCCGCCAGCUGUCAGUACGACCAGGUCGAGAUCACCCUCGAGGGCUUUUGCCUGCUUCUCUAUCCCGUCGGUGCGAUCUCCGCUGCAAGCCAGGCAUAACUAGAACGCGAACACUGCCACGUCUUGGAGAGAUAGGAUCCCAGCUGAUUGCCGGAGCCUACGCCAGCUGUAUAGCUAUCUCCGAUGGCGGCCCAUUUCUCAAUGAAGCUGAAGUCGACUUCUUCGGCCCUGGCCCCCCGUGCCAAGAACAAAAGCGCAAAGCACCAAAUGAGAAGCAUUAUGUCUGUCUCUUGUCGGCCGAGCUGCUACUAUGUUGUAGAGAAAAAAAAGAGAGACGGAGAGAUGAAGAGGUAGCAAGAUGAAGGGGCUUGAUCAAACCCCGGAAAGAUGAGCUCUUAACACCCAUGAGUUCGUCUUCUUCGGGUUUGGAUUUAUCAUCUUGACUCGAGGACUUUGAUAUCCGCCAAGUAUUGAAGUCCAGACAAGCUCGACAGCCUGGUUAUCUUGGUAAAAAUGGGUGGGUGGUCAGCAUCCAACGAAAGUGGUGAAUUUUCCGAGCAUUUCAAUUCAUACGGUGCCAGCCGACGACCCGGUCCGUGAUUACUUCCACUAUUGAUGUCUCAGCUGACAGAAAAUAUAUGCAAAGUUAAAAUUGCUGCUGACUUUGGAGGCGAAAAUCGGUUGCCUAUGAGGAGAACAAAAAAUCAAUUGGCCAUCCGCCCGAUAAGGGUGCUUCAGGGGUCGUUUGGUCACUGUUCCUGCAUCAGAGAGCUUCCCCAUGUCAAGACUUAACCCGGGUCGGCCCUCAAGUGACAAGCUUCUCCUUUGAUACCUUAGCUAGAGCGUCAAAUCUUGCUAUUCUGCUCAACCCGGCCAGUUCUUCACAUCACGAUCAAACCAACAAGAUGCCGUCUUUAGUCAUCCUCCUUGGUUGUCUUGCAUUGACCUUGGUGUUGCUGGCACAGGCGCAGAGAGUCAAUGACACCACUUUCUUCAGUCAAGCUCGAAUCUCGGGCGAUGUCUCGGCAGCAGAGGAAGACUAUACUUGUUCCAAGACCAAGGGUUGCGCGUUGGGAUGCUGCGGCCAGCUAGACCCCAAAACUGGCUUGGGCGUGUGCGGUUUGGGGCCAACGUUUUGCGGAGAAGGAUGCGUCUCCACCUGUCACUACAAGAGCGAAUGCGACCCGGGAUGGGGCAUUGAGUGGUCCAACGCAUCGACCUGCCCCCUGAACGUGUGCUGCUCAGAGUUUGGCUUCUGCGGAACCACGCCGGGCUUCUGCGGCGGCAAGGUCGUGGCGUCUCCCGAGUGCGGCAGCGGCAGCAGGACGUCGGACGCCAUCACAAUCGGGUACUACGAAGGCUGGAACAUGGCCCAGCGGUCCUGCAACACGAUGAAGCCGUCCGAGAUCCCGCUGGGCUACUACACCCACAUCUUUUACUCGUUUGCCCUCAUCGACCCCAAGACCUUUCACGUCGCCGACAUGGACGCCGAGGUGGGCUCUCACUACGACGCCGUCGCGGCGCUCAAGAACAAGCAGCCGGGCUUGCAGGUGUGGAUAGCCAUCGGCGGCUGGGCCAUGAACGACCCGGGCCCCUGGCGCACUGCCUUUUCCGACAUGGCGCGCUCCACGGCGUCGCAGGAUGCGUUUUUUCAGUCGUUGGUUUCGUUCCUGGCCCUGCAUGACUUUGACGGGGUGGACCUGGACUGGGAGUACCCCGUCGCCGAGGACCGUGGAGGUGUCCCAGAAGAUUUCGAAAACUAUGUGACCAUGAUCUCUCGGCUCCGCAUGGCCCUCAAUGCGAGCGGCAAACGCUACGGACUAAGCAUAACACUCCCGGCCUCUUACUGGUACCUUCGAGGCUUUGACCUACAAAAGAUUGAGCCGCAUCUCGACUUUUUCAACGUCAUGACCUAUGACAUUCAUGGUGUGUGGGAUAAAACCGUCAAUUCCAUCGGCCCCUAUGCAUUUGCGCACACCAAUCUCACCGAGAUCCAGAUUGGUCUUGAGCUGCUGUGGCGAAACAACAUCAACCCUGCCCGGGUGAACUUGGGAUUGGGCUUCUAUGGACGGAGCUUCACCAUGAAGGACCCAAACUGCAUGUCGGCAGGCUGCGAGUUCACCGACGGCGCCAAGGGCGGCGAGUGCACCGGGACACCCGGCGUCUUGUCCGUGGCCGAAAUCAACAAGAUCAUCAAGAACGGCGGCAAGGUGACGUACGACGCCGCGGCGGCCGUCAAGAUUGUGACGUGGGACACGGAUCAGUGGGUGUCGUUUGACGAUGUCGAGACGCUCAAGAUUAAGCAGGACUAUGCCAACCGGAGGUGUCUCGGAGGGACCAUGGUCUGGGCCAUUGACCUCGACGACGGGAGCAUGAUCAACGCGCUGGGUUCCAACCUCAAUCGCCCCAAGGCUGUCGUUGCGGAGGAUGUGGUGGGUUGGAAGUGGGAUCAGGGGUACAAUCCUGGAGUGGCGCAGAGGAGGAAGAGGGAGGAGCUUUGAGUUGGGGGUUUGUGUUUUGUCUAGAUACCUUACGGUAGCAAGUUGUAUACAAACCAUAUAUUUCCCCCA